CGCACUGAAUAAACAGCACCGCCCCAAUCUCCCCUUGGUUGUUUGUUUUAAGUGAAGAGCGAUCCAUCGCAGAGCGCCGGGCUCGAUUGACACUGUCUGAUGAUCUGCUACUGCGGCUGGCUCAGAAUAACAAGGCUGCUCGCUAAUACCCGUCUAUCAGGGUUUUCGCCAAAACACCGAGCGAAUAGGAUCCAAAAAAGCCAACCAGGCAAGCAAGAACGCCGCGCCGCCGAAGUCCGCACCACAGGAUGGCUUCGGGAGACCUUUACGAGGUGGAGCGGAUCAUGGACAAGCGGCGCAACAAGAAGGGCAAGUGGGAGUACCUGAUCCGGUGGAAGGGUUACGGCAGCAAGGAGGACACCUGGGAGCCCGAGCACCACCUGCUGCACUGUGAGGAGUUCAUCAACGGCCUGCAUCUGCACACCCAACACAAACAACCCAAACCUCCCAAGCUGCCCGCCGGGACGGCAGGGGGACCAUGGAGGCCGGGAGGGCCCCCAGGGGGGGUUGGACCACACCUCCUAUCCGCCCGUCCUCCCGCCCCAGACACCCCAAGAGCACGAGCAGAGGCACGUAAGAAGAAAAGGACUGGUGUUAGUCCAGGGGCCGGGGUUAAUCCUGGGGCAGGAGUAAGGGAGGGCAUGGGUUUGGGGGUUGGUACUGGAGCUUCUCAGAGGCAGAAGAAGGUAGGCGGAGGAGGGGGGGGGAAGCAUGUCUCUCCACACAGGAUGACCAAAGCUAUGCCGUACAAGGCUCCUCCGGGGGGACUGCAGUUUGUGCCCCCGGUAAGGGCCCCUCAUAACGGACUACAGAACGGAGAGAUGGACCAUAUCCUGUACAGGGCAGCAGCCGGGACACACAGACUGACCCAUGACACGGAGAGGGUGAUGGGGGGCGUGGAGACCCCCGGGACACCACUGGUCAAUGAACUAGGCUCCACACUCUCCAACGGUGAGGUGAAUCUGCACAGCUCUGUGAAGAGGAAGCUUGGAGAGGACAAAGGCUACGUGUUCCACAAGCGGCUGAGGUACAACGUGCGGCAGAACGAGACCAACUGUCGAUUCCGUGACAUUGUCGUCAGGAAGGAGGAGGGCUUCACGCACGUGCUGCUCUCCAGCCAGACGUCUGACAACAACGCACUAACACCGGAGAUAAUGAAGGAGGUGUGUCGGGCUCUGGGGAACGCAGCAGCUGAUGACAGUAAGCUGUUGCUGCUCAGUGCUGUGGGGAGUAUCUUCUGUAGUGGCCUGGACCCGUCCUACCUGAUAGGACGCCUCUCCACAGACCGACGGAAAGAGAGCAGCCGCAUUGCUGACGCUGUACGAGACUUUGUGCUGGCGUUUAUCCACUUUAAGAAGCCCAUCGUGGUGGCCAUCAACGGGCCUGCCCUGGGCCUGGGGGCCGCUAUCCUGCCUCUAUGUGACGUGGUGUGGGCCAGCGAACGGGCCUGGUUCCAAACGCCCUGUGCCGCCCUCCGCCUCACCCCCUCUGGCUGCUCCUCCUACACCUUCCCCCAGAUCCUGGGAGUGGCUCUGACCAAUGAGAUGCUGUUCUGCGGGAGGAAGCUCACGGCACAGGAAGCCUGCAGCCGGGGCCUGGUGUCACAGGUAUUCUGGCCAACCACGUUCAACCAGGAAGUGAUGCUGCGCGUGAAGGAGAUGUCCACCUGCAGUGCUAUGGUUCUGGAAGAGUCUAAAUGCCUGGUGCGGAGCAUCCUGAAGUCGGUUCUGGAGGAGGUGAAUGAGAAAGAGUGUCAGAUGCUCAAACAGCUGUGGUGCUCCACCAAGGGACUGGAGGCGCUCUUCAGCUACCUGCAGAACAAGGUGUAUGAUAACUGACCUCUGACCUCUCACCUCCACACAGCUGCAGAAAUAUCUAUGGGCCACGAGAUCUGGUCUUCAGUUACCUACUGAGCAACAUCCCUGAAGAUAUAGGGCUUUGAUCUUCAAUUACCAACAGUCUUCUUUAACAACCAGCAGAGCGUAGUUUGCCAGUCUCCGAGGCCUUAGCUCCGCACGUCAACAUCUGGGCCUGCAGAGCACCACCAUCAAUGUUUGUUUUACUUUGGUCAUCCCUCAACGUCCCUGCCUGUAAGAGGGGAUCCGCAAAGCAUCAACUUCUGGAGAGGAUUCAUUCUGCGUUCAUAAUGGCCUACUGGGAGUCCAGUGACCGUGAACAAGGCUCUUCAGGAAACGGAUACACAGCAGCAGAAUGUUGUGGGAGUGCGUGGAGGCAAAAGAGCUCAUCUGAUGGCUGUCAUUGUUCAAUUAUUUAUUUGAAAAUGUAUUUAGGUUUGAUCCUAAAAGCAUACCAUGUGUAUAUAUUUUCUAUUAGUCUGCUGUUUUUUUUUGUAUCUUGCUUUAGUCUUUCUGUUUUGAGGGGAAGUGUCCUCCUGGGCUCUGAGGUGUAGUGAAAAUCAAUGCUAUGCUUGAGGUCAGAGUGAAACAUAGAUUUUCUCACCUUACAAUGCAGUAACCCUGGCCAAAGAAGUAAAUAAUAAUUGAAGUGAAACCUGUCCAUUGAAUUAGGUGUGGUGUAAUAGGAGGGCCACAGGGGAAGAUUUAGAGGUAGUUUAUGCCCAAUGAUACACACCCUUAAGUGGGAAGUCACUGUGAAUGGGCAGUGUUGACAGUGAACUCUUUCUGGAUUUAUAUAGACCAUUUUGCGAUGCUCUUUUGGAAGUGUUUAUUCAAUUUGGUUUGUCAGUAAGGGUGUUUGACCUCUGAUUGAAUGUGAAUGUGAAGGAGGGCCCUCUUUGACCACGACCAACACUCCCAUAGAGAACCAGAGCUGUCUGAUUGCAUCCCUUCAUUAGAAUGUGGAGACUGUCGAUAGAUCAAAAGGAGACCUCUCCCUGGGAAAGGGAGGAAAGAGAGAAUGGGGGUGAGACCUAUGUCAUCGUUAUUAUAUCAGCAGCAACAAGUGCAGCGUCAUCAUUAUCAUCAAGGUACAUAUAUGACGUGUAUUACAGUGCAAAGGUGUAGCGGGAGUGGUUUGCUUAUCUACUUUUCUGUGUUGACUAACCUUGCCUGAGACCUGAAGACUUCUUUUGGCUCCCAGAGCUAAUGCCCGGCCUUUAGCUCAGUGGGCUACUGCAGUCUUGAAUCGUGAAGACGACCAGGGUUUGAUACCCCGUUCAUUAUAUUGGCAUGUAUAUUACAUUGUGAAGAGUGUAGCUAUGAUAUUUGGACAGAUAAUUAUUUUGAUAUUACCUUGCAAUCAGUUAUUAGUGAGACAUUGUGUAUUUUUGUAACCACAGAAAGAUGUUUUGUCCCAAAUUAAUCACUGCACUUUUCGUCUAUUGGCUGUCUGUGUUGUGAAGAUGCAGUAGUAGUGCAGCUGAAGCAGAUAAUACCUGCAUGUGAUGAUGGCUUCAGGAAAUGGGAAAUGUAUAUCUACAUAUAUUGUAUGUAUGGAUAACUAUUUUUGGUUUACCCAAUAAUGAAAUGUAGUUUUGUGGAAAUUGUUAUGUAUCAUUCAGGAAGUGGUGGGUUUUUGCAGUUGUAUACAUAUAUGAACCAUGUAGGUGUUAUAUGGUGUAACUAUAUGCAUGUACAAUAUUGUAGAUACGUGUGUUGCCUGUCAAAAUAUGUUACAUUUCAGGGUAUGUUUUGUAUUGCCAUAGUAAGCAAUGUUAGAAAUCUUGCACAAUUAUUAUUUGUAUUUAUUUAAAGUUAAUGCUCAAGUUCCCCUUGGGGCUACAGUGCCAUAAUGUUUCCCUUUCCCCAGAGGCAUCUCUUUCUCUCUUAUCUUCUGUUCCAGAUAUUCUCAGUAAAUUGCUUUUUUCCCUAGAUCUGCCCUGUGUGAUAGUGGUGACACAACAGACACACACCAAAAACAUGGUUACAUGAAGCAUCAUUAUUUUUAAAGGCUGUUGAUAACCACUUUAUGCCAAACUUUGAAACAUUUAAAGUAAUAUUGCUCUUAACAGCUCUGACAAAUCAAAGCUCUAUCAAUUUCUAAUCAACCAUUCCCAAUUAUAUUUGAAUAACACUUUCCCUGAAUUUCCCUAAUUGAUGUAUUAUUUGCGUGUUGAUCAGUAUAUUGCUAAAGUAUAGUGUAAGAUUAAAUGUAUAUUAAUAUAUUCAAGAUUUGAGUUUUGCCUGUACCUCUCCCCAACCUGGUCUCAAGUGUAUUUUGUCUUAUUAUGUAUGUAAACCCAUACACUCCAUUUAGUAUGCUAUGUUACUUCUGUAUGGUAUGUAUUCAUUUGUGGAUGUCCAUCAACCGUUCGUAUGAUAUGUUACGAAUUUGCAAAAUGUACAUGUUCCGAAUUCUAGCUAGGUGGUUAACAUUAGCUAGCUGGCUAACAUUAGCUGAGGUUAGGGGUUAGUAUUAAAGUUUGGGAAGGGUUAGCUAACAUGCCAAGUAGUUGCAAACUAGCUAAAAAGUAGCGGAAAAGUUACUAAUUAGCUAAAAUGCUAAACUUGGUCGUGAUGAGAUUUGAACUCACAACCUUUAGGUUGCUAGACGUUCAUGUUAUACACCAACCCAUCCACCCCACACAAACUCAUGUUUGCCUUAAGUAAACAUCUGUCUUAUCUAACAAUACCAAACGUAACAUAUCAUACAAAUUUGUAUCUCAGUUUACAUUUACUUUGUUACGUAUAGUCUGAGACCAGGCUGCUCUCCCAGGACCCAAAUAGAGUAACAUUGUGUUUGAAUGAAUCAUUUGAAGUAAAACCGUUAUAAUUCAUUUGUUGAGGACUUAUCCUUGAAAAUGAUGACCGGCACUGUAAGCCAUGUGUUUAGGUUUAGUUUGUAAACUCCUAUCAUCACCAUAUGAUGUUUCUAUGCAUCUUCCAAGCAUUUACAAACCUAUUACAUGUUGAGUUUCUACUCCUUUCUCUCGUCUAAAAUCUCACCUCGGGGUGCCUUAGAAGUUGUAUCUUUUGUCUGUAGGAUGCUGUAUCCAUAUGUUGUGAGAGUUUGGGGAUCGAGCUGCUUUGAAUAAACUAUGACAUUAAUUUAAA